AUGAGGAAUCACACAGAGCUGAGUGAGUUCAUUCUACUGGGAAUACCUCAGACCAAGGGACUGGAGACAGUGCUCUUUGUCAUCUUCCUGUUCAUCUACCUCUGCACAUUAAUUGGCAAUUUACUCAUUCUCACAGCCAUCAUUUCUUCCUCUACCCUUCACACCCCCAUGUAUUUCUUCUUGGGACUCUUAUCUACGUUUGACAUAUUUUUUCCUUCUGUAACUUGUCCCAAGAUGCUUUCCUAUCUCUCUGGUCAGAGUCGGGUCAUCUCUUAUAAGGGGUGUGCUGCACAGCUCUUCUUCUAUCACUUACUAGGUUCUACUGAAAGCUGCCUCUACUCUGUGAUGUCAUAUGAUCGCUUUGUGGCCAUCUGUCACCCUCUGAGGUAUAUGCUUAUCAUGAAACCCAGUGUCUGUGUGGGUUUGGCCAUAGGGACCUGUUUAAUAGGUUGUAUUCAUGCCACCACUCUGACCUCCUUAACCUUUCGGUUAUCCUACUGUGGCUCCAAUGAAGUGAACAACUUCUUCUGUGAUAUUCCUGCUGUCCUAACCCUGGCUUGUUCGGACACUUCUCUGGCCCAGUGGAUGGGAUUAAUUGAUGUUAACCUAGUGGCUUUAGUGGUUUGGGUCAGUCUUUUUGUCUUCUACACUCAUAUUGGGAUCGCCAUUUUGAAGAUCCGUUCAGCAGAAGGCAGGCAGAAAGCUUUCUCCACCUGCAGUGCCCACUUUGCUGCAGUACUCUGUGCUUUAGGACCUGUAAUCAUCAUCUAUCUGCAGCCCACACCAAAUCAUUUGCUUGAUGCUGUGGUACAAAUAUUAAAUAACCUUGUCUCACCCAUGCUGAACUCAUUAAUCUAUUCUUUAAGGAACAAAGAAGUAAAAAGGUCCCUGAAAAGGGUGUUCCACAAAAUAGUACCUACUGUUCUGCAAUAA